AUGUCAUACAAGCCGACCAGCCCACCUCCAUCCUACCACCCCCAGGCCGGCUACGCAAGCUCCCCGCAACCUCAAGGCCAGGGCGCCGCAAACGAAUACUACGGAGGCGGAGGCGGAGGCGGCCAGGGCUAUUAUCCGCAGCAGGGAUACCCUCAACAGCAAGGAUAUCCCCAACAGCAGGGCUACCCUCAACAACAGGGCUACUACGGACAACAGAAUCAGAUGUACUACCCGCCGCAGCAGGGUUAUCCUCCUCAGCAGGGCUACUACCAAGGCGACCGCGGAGGUUCCGGCGCCGGCGGCCUGUGUGCCGGUAUCAUGGCUGCGUUUGCCUGCUGCUGCUGCUUGGAUCUCCUCUUCUGA